CAGGUGGCCAAAGAAGCGGGGAAGUGGGCGAGGCGGCUCUUUCCCAAAUACCUGGGUGCUCCUGACGAAGAGGAUGCCAUCCCAGAGGACAACCCCCUCUUCGCUUCGGAGCCCGACGUGACCGGGGAGGGCUGCCGUGUGGAUACUUUGGCCGGCUGCGGCUUCAAGGAGCAGGUGUUCAUUGAGAAGCAGCGCAGCAGCACCGCAGAAAAGAGGAAAGCCGAGUUGCAGCGGCUGACAAAGAUACAGGAUGCAGUCAUGAAGCCGGACCAAAAGGGACGCGAGGCUCGAGCUCAGCGAGUUGGAGGAUGGCUUCCCCGGGAAGUCGCUGAAGACUGUUCUCUAUCCCGGGCACGCCUUAGACGUGCGAGUGCUGGAGGUGGCCGCCAACGGAGCCACUUGGCUGACGCGGCGAUCGGGAGAUUUGACCCGGGCGGCUCGCUUUCGAAAGGAGGAGGAGAGCCGCGAUCCGGAGUCUCUUUACAACCUGCCAGAAGACCGCUGGCUGGAUGGCCAGGUGGGGGACUUUUUGCCCACAGGUGUCUUCGUGCAUGUGUUCGCAGAGCCGGGGGAGAGACCCCUUGUGGGCUUCCUGCCAGCCUUCCUUUUCGAGCCAGGAUUUGAGAAGGAGGCCAUCCGUGGGAGGAAGGUCAAAGUUAGAAAAGAGGGCUUCAAUCCAGGCAAAGGCCUGUUGCUGACCAUGUUGCCCUAAGCUAUCAG